GCCGCCCUUCCGCGGCGCGCACAGAUUUGAAGAUUGAAACCGAGAGGUGGCGUCUUUAAUCAUUGAGGACACCAGGUUUCCAGCCCCCCAACAGGGCAGCUCCUGACAAGUGUGGAGGACCCCCAGUCACGGAGGCCUCCUCUGUCACCAGCAUGUCCCAGAGGCAUUCUGACAGCUCCCUGGAUGAGAAACUACUGGAGUACCGCUUCCACGCGGAGCUGCGACUCGACGCCAACGGGAACCCCGUGCCUGGACUCCCCAUGGUCCGGGGUUCCUUAAAAGCCAGAGCCAACGCUGCCUUUGAGCCCGAUGCCCCAGAAUCCUUACAGCCGCCACCGCCUGGAGAUGAGGAGCCUCGGCCCAUCAUCCUCAGCACACAAAGCCCUGCGGCCCUCAAGAUGGGCACGCAGCAGCUCAUCCCCAAGAGCUUGGCGGUGGCCAGCAAGGCCAAGACCAAGUCGCCCGCCCGCCACCAGAGCUUUGGGGCAGCUGUGCUCAGUAAGGAGGCCGCGAGGCGGACUCCUCAGCUCCUCCCAGCCCCCAGUUUCUCUCUGGAUGAUAUGGACAUGGACGCCGUCACAGGUGGGAACCUGAAACGCAACCUGAGGAACCAAUCCUACAGGGCAGCCAUGAAGGGCCUGGGGCCACCCAGUAGCAAGGAAGACUCAGUCCGCCUCGGCCCCAAGCUCCAGGCCCUCGCUGAGGAGGCUGCUCAGCCUCCUGCCCGGCACCCAGCCAAAAAUAAGAAAACUUGGAAACGCGCAAACAAGGGCUCGUUCAAAGAUGACCCCCAACUUUACCAGGAGAUCCGAGAGCGGGGUUUGAAUACUAGUCACGAGUCUGAUGAUGACAUACUGGACGAGCCCUCCAGCUCUGGGGGCACUCAGAGAGGGGACACCACCAUUGUGGUUAAGACCUAUCGCCCUGCUCAGCUCACCUGGAGCCAGCUCCCAGAGGUGCUGGAGUCAGGUAUCCUGGACACACUGUCAGUGGAAGAGCGGAAGAGACAGGAGGCCAUCUUCGAGAUCCUCACGUCUGAGUUCUCCUAUCUGCACAGCCUGAAGAUCCUGGUGAAUGAAUUCCUACAGUCCCAAGAGCUGAAGACCACCAUGACGCAGACAGAACACCACCACCUCUUCUCCAACAUCUCGGAUGUGCUGGCUGCCAGUCAGAAGUUCUUUGAAUCCCUGGAGCAGCGGCACAAAGCUCAGGUGUGUGUGGAGGACAUCAGCGACAUCUUGGAGGACCAUGCCGAGAACCACUUCCACCCUUACAUCGCCUACUGCUCCAACGAGGUCUAUCAGCAGCGCACCCUGCAGAAGCUGUCGAACAGCAACACAGCCUUCCGGGAAGUUCUGAGGGAGAUAGAGAAACUGCCUGCGUGUGGGGGCCUGCCCAUGAUCUCCUUCCUGAUUCUCCCCAUGCAGAGGGUGACCCGGCUGCCUCUGUUGACGGAUACACUCUGCCUGAAGACACAAGGCCAUCCCGAACGGUAUAAAGCCGCCAGCCGCGCCCUGAAGGCCAUCAGCAAGCUGGUGAAACAAUGUAACGAGGGGGCCCACAAAAUGGAGCGCACAGAGCAGAUGUACACACUGCACAUGCAGCUGGACUUCGGUAAGGUCAAGUCCCUCCCACUCAUCUCUGCCUCUCGCUGGUUACUGAAACGUGGAGAGCUCCUCCUCUUGGAAGAAUCCAGUAUCUUUAGGAAAAUUGCUAGCCGACCCACGUGCUACCUGUUCCUAUUCAAUGACGUCCUGGUUGUCACCAAGAAGAAAAGUGAGGAAAGUUACUUGGUCCAAGACUACGCGCAGCUAGACCACGUGCAGGUCAGGAAGGUGGAACCCUCGGAGCUCCCACUGCCAGGAGGCAGCAGCCGCAGCUCUUCCGUGCCCUACCCUUUCCAAGUGAACCUGCUACACAACAGCGAGGGCCGCCAGGAGCAGAUACUGCUGUCUUCUGACUCCGCGAGUGACCGGGCCCGGUGGAUCACAGCACUCAGCUACAAGGAGAGACAGUGGCAGGGCAUCAGCAACAAAGGAGAACUGCCCCAGGUGGAGGUCACCAAGGCAUACUUUGCCAAGCAGGCUGAUGAGAUCACACUGCAACAGGCAGACGUCGUCCUGGUCCUGCAGGAAGAGGAUGGCUGGCUUUAUGGUGAGCGGCUUCGGGACGGAGAGACCGGCUGGUUUCCCGAGAGCUUUGCUCACUGCAUCACCAGCCGUGUGGCCGUGGAAGGCAAUGUGCGCAGGAUGGAGCGGCUGCGGGUGGAGACAGAUGUGUAGCUGGACAGCUCGGAAGCCAAGCUGUGGCAGACACACCUUCAAUCCUCCAACCAGCAAGCCGAGCGGUCCUGCCUGCCCCCAGGAGUGGGCGGGGUUCAUCAUGGGACGCAGAUCCUUCUCAUGGGCUCACGGUUGAGUGCAGAACACUGAACUUGUAUACAUUCGCUUGCCUAAACACCUCUGAGGCAAGCUCCAGGGGCCCACAUUCUGGAAAGAGCCUUAGCCUGGCCUCUCACUGGACACCUGAGCUACACCAGCUAACAGUGAUACAGGACUGUUGCCUUCAUUGAAGACACCAUAGGGCCACCUGACAGCUGCACCCCUCCAUCCCAGGUGGGACCAAAAGGGGCCGGUGCUCUGAGAGGACAGUGCUGGUGACAGGUGACCUGAGGUACCAGCAGGGAUGUUGUGAUUUACAGAGUUCAAUAACAUUAAAAUAUUUCUUUUAA